UGUUACUAAAAAUAAAAUCUUAAGCUAGCUACAGAAGUAGUAAAACGCCGAUGUUAUUGCCGUACAAAGAAGUAGGAAACAGUAUUCCACGUAUUUAGCGAAAUGGUUAUUAGUUGCAUACACUGGUGCGUCACUGAACAACCUGUUUUUGAACCGUUGUUAAUAUUCAUUUGUUUCUCGCAUUUACAUUGCGCGGUAAUAUUUUCAGCUGCUUAUUGCAGUAUAUGCAUUCGGUACAGUGUAUGCUUUGAGCUAUGUACGAUGAAAUCAUGGAAUUAUGAGAACUACAGGCCUACCAAUGCACAUUCUGAACUCAAGUAUCAGUGAGAGAAGAACGCUUCCAUGUCUAACGUCACAUUUAAACGUGAGAGUUAUUCACACCCUUCGAUAAUUUGACUUUGGGUAUAAUAAUGAUGCACAGCUUGUGUUUUAUUCUGUUUUUUAUUACAGAGUAGGUAUCACAUGAAUGGACAUUUAGAGUAUUGUCUGUUGUAUCCAGUGGUGCACGGUGAGACAUGAGUACAAGGGCAUUUCAAACACAGGAAAUGGAAUGUGCAGAAUUACUUUCUCUCCUAAGGAAUGUGUUUCUGGGAAAUAUCCACGAGGUCACUUGAAGUAGACAUAAAGAGAUCAUUGCCGAGGUUUGCCUAUUAAAACUAAAUAAUUUCUGAGACAUCAAAUGUACCUAUAGUUCAAUAUAUUUAGUUAGUAUGCUCUUCAAAUAUGCAAGGCACAGUAUCCUCUGAGAUAUGAGAGAAUCUAUGUUUAUAUUUGCACAUUUUGGGGCACUGAAUUUCCAGUGACAUUUUUUUAAAACUUUUUUAAACCAUAUGACUAGUUGUUCCAAUCAGUGGAUACCCAUUAAGCUUUUUAUCUUUAAAGGCUGUGUGUUUUGGUGGGGUUUGACUUGUCAUCAGCCUGCAAUGGUGGUAAAUGUAGGCUUUUGUUUUUCCUGGCCUUGUCCUAAACUGUGUGCACAAAUGUGUUAGGUGGUUUCUGGCCAGCUUUUAUCCAUUUUCUUUGUUUAAAAGCAGUGACAUUAUUUCAAAUCCACCCCAUCCCCCAUCACAAAUUUUGGGUGAGUCACUCCAGAGCUGGUCUACCCCUGGGUCCCAUCCAAGUAUACUGAAGUUGGGUCCUCCUUCCAUUUGUCAGUUGACUGAUAAGUCCCUACUGAUGGAGUAGGUGAGGUUUCUACCAUAAUGCCUUCACUUAUCCAUACUGUAUGGAUCUGGUGAAGGAAGGAGAGGGAUGUGGCCUUAAGAGUUUUCAGAUGCACCUUUGGUCGUGCCUUUUCCCUAUGGGGGAAAGCAGCCACAAUAUUUGUAAGCAGUUGCAUGAUGGGUAGAGGGGUGCGUGCAGCCAUGCUUGUCCCUUGGCCAUCUGACAAUAGCAGCCAUUCCCUGGGAAUGACCCCCAAGACAAGGAAAGCAGGGUUGGGACAGGUUCUUAUCUCUAGAUCUACCCUCAGUGAGGUCAAGGUUCACCAAACCCUGUCAGAUUCCACGUGACACUGUCAAUCUCGCCACAAUCAGUCCACCUACGUUGGUUGGCCACAUGAGUCUCAAGAGAAGAUUAUAAAACAGCUUGGCAAAUGGUGAACAAACUUGUGCAAGUGUCUUUACAAGCCCAGACAGAAGAAAAGCAUUUUGUUCCUCCAAACCCAUCCAGCAAACCUGGUCUGCAAGCAAGGUGUUGCGGGACCACUCUGAUAAAGCGUCAUGGACAGAUGUCAAUCAAGACCAAGAUUGUCGACACACGGGGUGUUCUCCAGAACUUGCUGAUAUGUUUUCUGUCGUUUUAUUCUGUGUACUACAUCAUUGUGAGUUUGUGUAUAGGAGUACUCAGAGUAAAUGAUGUUGAUACACUUCUGGCACCCUUCGACUACACAACACAACCAUCAUGGCAAAAUCCGAAAUAUUUAGUGAGUGUGAUUUCCACGGAACUGACGUUCAUUGUGGCCGGCCUCAUGUUCGCAUGGAUUGUGGAGGAGUGGGUGUGGGACUACGCCAUCACCAUCACAUUGAUACACGUCGGCUUAACAAUGUGGGUAAUGUCAGAUUUCCCAUCAUCAGAACAUUGGUGGAUCACUUUAGGUUGUGGACUGCUGAUGAUGAUCUUCGGGGGACAACUUCUGGCCUAUAAGCUGUUCAGGAAUAAUUUUGUGUAUCCAGCUGAACUCCAAAACUUCUAACAAUACAUUAAUACAUUUGUGUCAAACAGAGGUUUAUUACAUAAGUUAUGUACAUACAAUGUUGUUCUUUUCUACGCUGUUUUUUACACUACACACAAAAGUAUAUACCAACUGAUUUUGAUACUAAUUAAUUUCCAGAAUAUUAGUGCAUUUUAUUUUGAAAAUAUAGAUUUGUUUGAAAAAAUAAUAAAUGCUUCAAAAUAAUUUAUUUACUUGUUUUACUUUUUAAAAAGUAAACAUAUUUGUUUCUUUCAGUUUCACAUGUUUCUGAAGAACAGUAAGAUUUCUAUAGAGGGAAAACAGAAAGUUGUGCUAUAACAGGACAAUAUAAGCAGUGAAAAACAUUAUGCCUUUUUUGAAUAUUCUAUAACACAAAAGUUUUGUUCUGUGAAAAUGAUGACACUCUACAGACGGUUUGUACAAGCCCUUUCUUUAUAUAAAUGAUUUCAUCUUUUUAAACAAUGUCUUAAUUAUUUGUUGUGAUUAAUUUGAAUAAAUAUAUGCAGUCAUUGUUCUUAUGGUCAAGUAAAACUCUUGCCUGAACUCAAAAAGAUAAUUCAUUCCUCAUAAAAAAAUUAUUGUC